GAACACCAGCAGCACAACAAACUCGACUCUCGGAUACCUCGUGCUUCUCCACCCAAGAUGUCAAACUUCUUCUACGAACCUUUCGUCUCCCUCUCCGAAUUCGACCGCCUCUUUGACGAGGCGUUCAACAACCGCGCCGGCAGCGGCAACAGCCGCGGCCAGGGCGGCAGCAACACCAGCCAGCUCCAGCGCCGCACCGGCGCAGACGACGCCUCGCGCGUUCUGAGGCCACGGAUGGACGUGCACGAGGACGCGCAGAACAACGUCGUCACCGCGACGUUCGAGCUGCCGGGGCUCGCGAAGGAAGACGUGCAGCUCGACGUGCACCAGAACACGCUCACCAUCUCGGGCGCGACGCGUGUCGCGCAGGACAGGGACGAGCACGGCUGGGCCGUGCGCGAGCGCCGCUUCGGCCGGUUCGCGCGGUCUGUGCCGCUCCCGCAGGGCAUCAAGCCCGAGGAGAUCAAGGCGUCGAUGGAGAACGGCGUGCUCACUGUUACCUUCCCGAAGACCUCGCCUGAGCAGGCGCCCCAGAGGAUCGCCAUCUCGUAAGAAGGCGACAACGGCGGUAAAAUCCUCGGUGUAUCAUUUUCUGUAUCCUUCUUGUAAGCUAUGCAUUCCCAGCAAUUGAUUGAAAGGUUUUGGAUCGCAGCUAC